UGUCAUAUAUUUAUCGAGCCGAACAGCACUUGAUAUUCAUCGUCACAUAAAUAAGUAACACUAGUAUCGUAAUCUCGAUCCAAAUUUGGUUGGCAAAAUUAGAAUCGACGUUCUGGCCGGUCCCGUCCACUCCACUACCGUUGCAUUUCGAGCACAUUCGCAUCCGCUUGCGAGUAAGGAGACCAGAGUAAGACGUUAACUGGACGAGCGAAAGGAAGGCCCAGAAGAAUAUAGGACAAAAAGGAUCAAGCAGAUCUACAGAUCAAUGAAUCUGCAUUGAAACGGAGCAUCGAAGCGAUCAAGCGAUCAGUUAAUCGAGUUGAGUGGAGGUAAUAUAUAUUACUACGCAUAGCGAUACCACGAACGUAUCCAAGACGGGAAAGGGAAGCAGACUUUUGAGACUCUUAAUUGGGGCUCCCAUCAAUUUAUUCUUAUCUAUGGUUCGCCCAAAAGUGGGCCAACAGCCACAAGAGCCAGCCGCCCCGAUGGCCUCACAGACGAGCAAGCGACCGGAGAGCACCCCAGCCACUGGCGUCGGAGGCGCCGUCCAAAAGGCCCCCAUGGGCGGCGAUGCUCUCAACCUGGACAGCAUCAUCUCAAGGCUGCUAGAGGUGCGGGGCUCGCGUCCCGGCAAGAACGUCCAGCUAUCGGAGGGUGAGAUACGCGCCCUCUGUCUAAAGACGCGCGAGAUCCUUCUGACGCAGCCCAUACUCCUGGAGCUGGAGGCACCGCUGAAGAUCUGCGGCGACAUACACGGUCAAUACUAUGACCUGCUGCGGCUGUUCGAGUACGGCGGCUAUCCGCCCGAGUCCAAUUACCUGUUCUUGGGCGACUACGUCGACCGGGGCAAGCAGUCGCUGGAGACCAUUUGCCUGCUGUUGGCCUACAAAAUCAAGUACUCGGAGAAUUUCUUUCUGCUGCGCGGCAACCACGAGUGCGCCAGCAUCAACCGCAUCUACGGCUUCUACGACGAGUGCAAGCGCCGCUACACCAUCAAGCUGUGGAAGACCUUCACCGACUGCUUCAACUGCCUGCCAGUGGUGGCCAUUGUUGACGAGAAGAUCUUCUGCUGCCACGGCGGUCUCAGUCCGGAUCUCACCGCCAUGGAGCAGAUCCGCCGCAUCGCACGGCCCACCGAUGUGCCCGACCAGGGCCUGCUCUGUGACCUGCUGUGGUCCGAUCCCGACAAGGACACCGUCGGCUGGGGCGAGAACGAUCGCGGUGUGAGCUUCACCUUUGGCGCGGAGGUUGUUGGCAAAUUUCUGCAAAAGCACGAUCUUGAUCUCGUCUGCCGUGCCCACCAGGUGGUCGAGGAUGGGUACGAGUUCUUUGCCAAACGCCAGCUGGUCACCCUCUUCUCGGCGCCCAACUACUGCGGCGAAUUCGACAAUGCUGGCGCCAUGAUGUCCGUCGAUGACACGCUUAUGUGUUCGUUCCAGAUCCUGAAGCCUGCCGAGAAGCGCAAGAAGUAGGCGAGCUGGGCGCUGCACAGCCAGGACCACCGCCCCCGCCCACACCUUAUACCCCCACAAUACCACCGCAGCACAGGACAGCACAGGACAGCACACACGCGAUGUUCCAAAUUCCAAAGUAUAAACCAGUUUGUCAAUGUUAAUUAAAAUAAAUAAUAUUCAUAUUUUGUUGA